AUGAAGUUUGCCACUGAUCAUGAGCUUAUGGCCUAUUAUAAGCGAUAUGCCGAGCAACAAGGUUUUGGUGUUAUAACACAACGGACGAAGAGAGAGGCCGAUGAGAGAGUGAGGUAUUUGACGAUUGGGUGUGCGCGAGGUGGCAAGUACCAACCUAGCCAUAGUAAUAUAUCGAGGCCGCGUCCAACUAUUAAAACGGAUUGUAAGGCAAGGAUAAAUGCGCACUUGGUGAAGGGUACUUGGGAGCUGACCAGUGUUGAACUUGCUCAUAAUCAUGACACUGUCAGCCCACAAAAAUCUAGAUUCUUUAGAUCGCACAAAAAUCUAGACGAAUACAGUCAGAGGAUGCUUGAUUUGAACGACAGAGCUGGUAUUCGAAUGAAUAAGAAUUUUGGGGUACUUGUUGUUGAAGCGGGGGGGUUUGAGAAUCUUGAUUUUCAAGAAAAAGACUGUCGGAAUUUUAUUGACAAAGCUAGGAAAUUGAGGUUGGGUAAAGGAGGUGGCGAAGCCCUUACUGAGUACUUCAAGCGGAUGAGGUCGCAAAAUGAUGGUUUUGUUUAUAUGAUUGAUGUGGAUGAGGAUUUGAGACUGAGAAAUGUGUUUUGGGCUGACGCACGUAGUCGAGCAGCGUAUGAGUAUUUCGGCGAUGUUAUUACUUUCGAUACGACAUAUCUUACAAAUAGGUAUGGUAUGCCGUUUGCCACGUUUGUUGGUGUAAAUCAUCAUGGGCAGUCUAUACUGUUAGGGGCUGGGUUGCUUUCAAGCGAGGACACAAGUACUUUCGUCUGGUUGUUUGAAGCAUGGUUGGAGUGCAUGAAUGGUCGGGCGUCAAAAGCCAUCAUUCAGACCAAGACCGAGCAAUGA